UGAGCCCUAAGUGAGAGAUCUCUUUAAUCAGUUUUGGAUCCUGAUUUCACUUGCUUUUUGUUACAUAUUGCUAAUUUGGGAGGGACAGUGUUUGCACUGCAGUUGUGAUGUCUCUGGAGUCACCUCACCCAUUCUGACUGACUUCCAGUAGAACUGUGAGGAAGGGUCAGCAGGCCACAGUUACAGAAGUGGGUGGGAUAGGACGUGUGUGCAAAUGGUGAAAUGUUGGUUUCCUUCAGAAGAUGUGCACGAUGCUCUAACAGGAUGAGGUAGUAGGUUGUGUGGUUUCAGGGUAGUGAUUUUGCCCCAAUCAGGAGAUAACUAUACAACCUACUGCCUUCCCUGAUAAGCAGCAUAACAACACCAGUGUCUUAAUUCGCAGAGAAAUGAGAGCUAAAAUAUACUGAGACGUACUUCUGAGACAGCAAAGUAAGUCUAGAUACAGUUGUUGUUAUCCUGUCACUAAUUGCUCUACAUUUAGAUUUUAAAUGUAGAUUUUUAGUAACUGCCUGCAAAAUAAUUAUCCUUUUAAAAGUCUUUAUCAUGAAAAAUUGAAUUAAAGAAUUUUUAAUUAUUUCAAAGUUUGUCUGCUCUCAAUCUGUUUUGUUUCUGAUUCAUUUGAAUGGAAUGAAGCUAUUAUGGGAAGUGAUUCCAAAAAUGCUGCAAAGUUGCAUUCAGGAUGUUUGUAUUUCCUUGACAUCUGAGUGCAACAGAUUUUACUAGCAAUGCAUUGGUUUUGUUCAACUUCCCCCUCCCUCAGGAAUCUUACAGUGUUUUACAAAUAGUACCAGGUGAGUCACGUGACUUCUUCAGCAGGUAGGCUUUAUGUUGCAAGUAAAAAGCUGUAACAGUGAAAAUCAAGAAUGAGAACUAAAAACCCAAAACCAGACUGGUCCCUUAGUUUCUCAUAAGCAGGCUCAUUUCAUGACUUUUAAUGACCCCCAAAGAGAAUUCUCUGCUAUCUAAGAGGCACAAACCGCACCUGGAAAUCCAUGGACAGAAAAUGUUGGGUCCAUUAAAGAUAUUUUGAGAACACGAACUUACACCAUAAAUCUGUGGAAGAAGGGGAACAUAACGGCAAGGUGAUGGGUCUGGUUGCACACAUAGAACUUGUUCUCCCACAUGCAAAAUAUACCCAAAAAUAGGAGAAAAGGCAGUUUAAUCCUUCCUUUACACAGCAAGACAGGUCCUUUUAACAUCUCGCUUUUGAUGACAAAAACAUCUCACUUGUGGAACUGUUAAAACACAGUUUGCAGCACUGGGGGAUCUGGGAGGUUUCAGUGGAAUACUGGACUUUACAGACCUUCCUGGGCAGAUUAUUCCCUUGUGGAAGCAUACAUGCUCUUCUCUCUGGCUUCAGCCUGGGUUUGGUACUGUCUCUCUCACAUCUGGUAAAAAACUACCCUGCGAGCUUGACAAAUGGUGUUGCAGCAGUGACUAUGUGAAAAUCAGAUGGGCGAUCCCAUAGGUCCUAUUUUUAUUUAGGUUUGGUUUGCUGGCUUGUUCUGGUGACCUCUGCUGAGGUUCGGCGUAGGAUACCCAUGGUUACCACAUGGUAACUUAUUUCCCCUGAAGUUUCAACAUGUUCACAACUUUGGUUGUAUUUUCUUUUUCUCUCCCUUUUUCUCCUGUUUACCAUGGGUAAAAUGAAAUGAUUGAUGGCCCAGGAUUCAAUGAUUCACCUUUUAUUUCCCCGUCGUACCAAAUCUUAGAGUCUGAGUUUGGAAGUUCAAAUGGACAAAUAAGUUUCCAUUUUGUUCCCCUUUGCAAUUCAGCUUUUCCAAAGCUUAAUAGGUUUUAACUGUAGCACAAAGAAACCUUAUAAAUACAUUACAUUUCAGACAUUCAUCACGUUCUGCUGUCUGGCAGAAAAAAGUGAUCAUUCACAUUUUUUUAUAAAAACUUGAGUAAAACAAGUAUUAGAAAAGUCCACCUCAGAAAGCCUCCACUUUAGGGUUAGGCUUUUUCACACUAGAGCAAGGAAAAAGAUUUUAUUGUUUUGAAUGUGAUAGUAUAUCCCUAGCUCAAGCUCUUCCCAGGUUUCCAGUGGCGGAGCUGCGUCCGCGUGAGCUGGGUGAGUAGGUGAGCUCACAGCUCAGAUGGCUCUGGGAGGGCUGGUCCUGCCCGAGCUCCUUGGCAGGACUGGGAGACAGCUCCGGGGCAGCUGGGAGACAGGCUGUGGUUUGGCCACGUGUGGGCCAAGCAGGUGUGACUUGGUUUUUACAGAUGAUGCCGGGGAGGCAAACACCUCGACGUGAGCGACGCCUGGGCUGUGCUCCAAGCCGUGAUACAUGAACCGUGUGGCUCAUCCCACAGGUUAUUCCCCCAAAGGUGCCAGCUCCUGAAAACCUGGGCUUUGCCCAAGGAGGUCACCACUGUGGGGCUUCUCCUGAGAUAUCUGGUCUCCUUCAAAGUGGCAUCCACAGGAGGGAAAUAAGCAGAAGUUACUCUAACUCCAGCUCAUAAAAUAAUGACCCCUUGAGACUGCCACUGCUCCAGUCCUCCUGCAGCUCUGCCACUGUCCCGUUCCAAAGACUGUUGGUGGCCUGAAGGCCUCACAAAGCUGUGACCAAAGGGGUCGUCCCUUCAACACAGAGUAAUUCUGCCUGGAGACUAUUUAGUGAAGAGCCUUGCUGGUUUUGGGCCCACUGGAAACUAUUUAUCACUGUUUACAGAAGAGAAAAGCCCGGCCACCAGAUUAGCAACCAAAUCUAAGACUGAUUUCAAGGUACAUUCUCCGAUAGAACAAUACACAUCUUUCCAAUUCAGGGAUGGGAGCGGAUACCUGAGUAAAACAUCACUGUCGAAAGGCAGCCUGACUUUCACCAACUGUGGGGACACAAAGAAUAUGCAUACCUUCCAGAAGCAAACACUGUAGCUAGGCCUCAAAGGUUCAUUAUCAAAUGAUUUCCAUGAGGUCGUGAGGUUUCCAGCAGUGAACGGAGCAUCUCAGCCUUGGUUUUGCUAAGGAGAGAUGGGCCUAGGUGCACAAGGAUCUGUCAUGUGCAAUUGUGUUUACUUGUGCCUGUUUGCUAACCUCCAGCUUCGUGGAACAGGUCCCCUGAUCUGGUUCACAGUAUGGCCCUGCCAGGAGCUGGAAUUGGGAAGAUUGAGGAGUGAUGCAAUGUGGCAUGAGGACAAAAAAGGUGGAACUGGGUGUUGGGAUGUUUCUGAGGCCACAGGAUCAGAAAACUGUGGCCUUUCUGCUGCCAGCCUGAGGCGAGCCUCAAUUUCUAGGCACUAAUGAUCUUGUUAAUCUGUUUUAUAGCACAGUCAAUCUGCAUAUGUUUUCAAGUCUCAUCUGACCUCCCUCUUCUGUGUUAUUGAACAUCUUGUUUAGAAAUUCUUUUAUCAAACACUUAAAACAAUUUUAGAAAUACUUGUUUUAAAAAAAUCUAGGACUUAAUUAUGGGCAGCUCCUAUUCCCACAGCAAAGCUGGUAAGUGUAAAGAACAGUGAGAAAUACUUGAAUCAGAACAUGGACAGUCGAAGUUUAAAGGAAAAACUGGUACCGACAAAGCAUUUAUACGUGUGUUGCUUUUGUUUUAAAAUUUGACUUGUAGAUGUGCAAUGAUUAAGCAAAGAGCUCAGAAAUGGACUCUGUGGUUGUUCUUCAUCCCAGGCCGUUGUGGCCAACGCUCAGUGUACUGGUUGUGAACGCUGGAAAAGGCUGGGUGUGUAUCACUGCAAGUGUUAGUCAUGGCCUGGAAACAGGGUAGGAAAAUAAUUGAAGCUGAAGUUACUCAGCUAAUUGCUUUGACUAAGUCUCACAUUUACACACCCUAAGCACCUAAACUCAACAUUUUUACUUGACAAUACUUGCCCUUCCUCUGGGGGGAAGUAGUACAAGCGGUAAGUAGUGCAAGUGAGUACAAGGCAAAGAAACUGCUCGUAUGAAGGAUCCUGGAGGACUGCCAAACUGACUGGGUGAGCUCUGGGAAUGCACUGAGUGGACACAUGGCACUAGUGCCACGUGCUACCACUCUGGACACAGCAGCAACCUGUCCUUUCCUUUAACUGCCUUGCUCCAAACCAAAGCACAGCAGCUUAGCUCUGAACUUGCCCUCAGGAGCCACUGGACUUUGCACCAAAACGAGCACACAAGCACUUGAUUCGCACUGCCUCUCUUUGGGUGCUCUGGCAGCAGCACAGCCUGUAACAUCACUGCAUCUCCCUCCUAAGCAGAUGUGCUUGGAGCACGAAGAACUUGGCCUGUGGUGUGCAGAGUACAUUGGCAAACAGAAGUUGCAUCGUCAGUUUUAAUUUCUGCACUUGGACUGAAUUAUUUACAAAGAGAUGAGAUCGCAGCAAGCUGACAUUUUCACAGCAAUUCCUUCUUGAAAUCUGCAUAAACAGAGACUUCUGAAGCUUCCAUUAAGGCUACAACUAAAGCCAGACAAGAGUAGAUAAGCACUGCUGGGAGCAUGCUGGGAGUAUUUACCAGUGACAGCUCAAGCUGAUCGAGCCAUUUGAGGGAACACACACACUGCAGGGAAAUAGAGGAAGACACUUUUAAGAGAAAACCAAGAAGUUACUAAUAAUUGCAUUAAGAAACACGAUCCACCAAACAUUCUACCUUCCCUCUGUGUUCUGCUGGGUCAUGCUCACGUACAAGCUCUGCAGGGGAAGGGCAGGUUUUCUGCAGGAUUCUUAGAGGAGAGUAGAGAGCACACAGGUGUUACAGGAAAGAAGGGUUGGGAAUUGGAAACAGACAUCAAAGGGGGGCACAGAGUUGACGUAAAUAGUAAAGAGACUUGAGAGGGGGCAGUGAAAGAUGGCUUUGGCUGGAGAGGGGGUAGAAUGAAGGCCAAAAGAGAUGUUGCAAUAGUCAGCUUGUAAGAUACAAAUCAUAAUAGUUAUGGUGGGGACAAACAGGGACAGAUUUUAAGGAUGUUGCCCAAGAGAAUCUCAGUGGGACAGAUAAAACACCAAAUGGGAAACUGAGACUGGGGAAAAGGGGCAAUGAAGACUUCACAGAGCCAACAAAACAAAAGUAGGAGCCAGUGAGAAGCCUGGAUAAGGAAAGAAACUCUUUCUUUGAAAUAGGAAACAUUCAAACAGUAUUCAGUUCAAAGGACUGGAAAUACAGGGAUCAAUAAAUUAAAAUGCAUUAAGCAAUUAAAUUAAGAGUGCAUCUAUUUCCAAGGAUAAUAGGAAAAAACUUCAAAAUAGGAGGAAACUGUUAUCCCUUCAGUCACACUCUGGCAUGUACCAUGUGCAUUGAAGGAAGGAGCAAUCAACCCCAGUAACAGAAUAACAAAACUUCUAUCCAGUUCAAGAUACCAAGCAGUGACUUGUUUUCUAAAAAUGUGUAAUUUUAUUAUAUUAAGUCUAGCUGAUUUUUAGCAGUUCUCAGAGAUAAAAACCAAACCCCACAAAUAAAUCUGCUAAAUCCUGCAGAAUAUGGUAAUGUAGUGUCCAGCACAAAAAGAAACAUAUAGAAAAGGAAUCUUACACUGAAGGAAGAAAUAACUCAGAUGAGAAGGUUAGGCAAAUUGGGGGAAGAAAAGCCACAGUUGAGUUUUAAGAGUAAUUGCUUUUGCCCCAUAAACUGUUUUCAAGUCACUCAUUUCCCCUCUGGUUCCUCCAGAAGAGCAAUGAGAGGAAUGCCAAACAUUCUGGCUUAGGAAGCGUUAAUAAGUCCAAAGCACUGUGAUCUUACAUGCAACUGUCUGAAGGCUUUUGGACACAGGAAGAGACGUAUGGACACCUGGAACGUUUGAUCUUGACACUCUGACAAAUAAUGAAUUAUUUUAAUAAGGAAGAAGUACUGAACAAAGUAACUUUCGAAUACAGAUAGAAGUUAUCUGAGUGACUGAGUCUAUACCUUACGUUGAUGGCAUGGUAAACAUCUCUAACGAAAAUUUAUAAGUAACAACUUCAAUUGCUUCUUUUGUUGGGAAAUACAAUCUCAGGUUUAAAAACAAAACAAAACAGAAAGAAUGUCUAAAUAGUUUUGCGGAACACUAGACUUGUGUAAACCUGUAACUUGAAUCCUGGUUCCAUCCAAAACCUGUCAUAUUCAAAUGAGGCAGAUGAGCCUCCUGUGAUUUAUCUAAAUGUUUUCAUUUAUCACCUUUAGUCUUAGAGCUUUGUUCUAAUCCAGGAGAGAGACGUGCAUCUGAAAAAAAGCCAACCUGCAAAUCCAGCCUGCCCUAAAACCAACAGCCAAGCAAAGCAGCACAGACAUUUCUGUAUCCAAACUGCUCUACUGGGGCAGAGCUUCCUAAGGAAAGCUCAGGGUGGAUACAUCUCACAGAUCUCCUCUGCUCCAACAGUUUUCUUGGCUGUUGGUUUUUUUUAAGGGGGUUGGUCUGGUUAGAGAGAAUUGCUCUUUAAACAAUAAUUUGCAUACUGUGUAUAUUAAAUGAAUCAGAAGUAACCAUCUCCUGUUCAUUAUCACAUGGGACUUUUGGCUUUGACAUAUUUUGACGAGGCACAAAUGGGCAGGAUUCAGUGUGCACAAAAUUAUACAUAAAAGGCAUAAAUUAUGCUUGGAUAGUUUUCUAGACUUCUGCUAGUGACCUCUGUUCAUAAAACUUCUUGCCUCGUGAUGGUCCAGCCUCUUCUACUCAUUUAAGAAGAGUAAUUCAGUGGUAUUAAAUUAAUUUUCACUUAGCACAUGUUAGCUCUGUAAAACUUCAGUAAUCACUCAAGGACAAACAGAACUGUAUAUCUGCUGUUUCAGCUGAUAAAGGGCUGGCUACGAUACUGGGUGCCUGCAGUGCCUGUUCAAACAAAUACCCGAAUGGGGAGGCUCUGUGGCUGUAUCCACCUUCUUGGGAAAAUCUUUCGUCAUGACCCAGCAUAAGCAAGGCCCCAUUGUCUGCUAAACCCUUUGUCAUCAAAGCAGCAAGAGAAACCACAGCAACCAUCUGAGUGCAGGGUCAGCCCACUUCCCGUGUGUUACCUGUAGCUGGAGGAGGUGAUGAAGGUGCUGGCAGUUUUUCCUGGUGUAGUCUCUCUCCCAGGCUUCUGAAUGAGUCUGUGCUGACUGGAUCUGCUCAUCUGCUCCCACAGAAUUGUUUUGAGAGGCUCCAUGUCUGGCCUUUAAAUAAAGGAAAAGGAAUUUUUGUUCUGCAAAGGAAAACAUUUUGUGACAGAAAUGCUGCAUGUGGCUGUGCAGACCUCUGGCAAAGCUGGCUGGCUACUGGAAAGAUGGAAAAUCAACUACUGCACUAAUCUGGCUGCUUGUUUCACAACUGUCGAGUUGUUAGGCAAUAGCAAUAAGGUUAUUGCAUAUUAAGAGAAUAUAACACUAAUUAUAUCUUAUUCCAGCUAAAAGCCUAGUAAGUAAUCUAAUUUGUGAUUUCUAAAAGCUUGCACAUUUAAAUAGCUAAUGGAUGUUUAUGAUAUUUAGUAUGUUAUUAAGAUUCGAAAUGUGAUACAAAUUUACACAAUCCAGUCAGUAAUCUACACUUUAAAAGCUCUUUCAGUAAAAAAGGAAUCAGUACAGUCUCCUGUAUAAAUAUUUUAAGUGCAGAAUAGAUUCUACUCCUUCACUACAGAUGCUUUCUGCAACAUCAGCAGUUUUUAUGGACGAAAAAUAUCCAAAUUCUUCAGAAGAAACACUUCCAAUACAGGGAUUAAGAGAGCUCUCUUCCAUGUCUGGGGUAACACAGCCCUCCCUGCUGACCGUGCUGUAGACGGAGGUUGCUACACAUUUGGUGUGGGACGAGAAGCCCACAGCUCAUAAACAGGAAACAGCCCACAACUCAUUUUAAAUUCCAAUAAAUAUUUUGUGUUUUUACUGCCUUGGAUGUGCUUGUUCGUGAGUCAGGACGAGAUGAGCUCAGCAGCUAGCAUAAAGCUCAGCCAGCCUGGCAGGCCUCUCACUGGCAACAGUGGUGAAUCCAUAAAAUGUGUAUAUUCCUGAGGCAAAAGCCUGCAUCCAUGCCAAGAUAUUACUUUGGGGAAUUGUACUGCAGUGCUUGUGCCAUGUCACCUCCGGGACCAGCAAUACGAGCACGCUUGCAAAUAGACCUCCUAAACCCAAUCGGAAAGUUCAAUAUGGAAACUCAUACAAAUGUCCUCAGUUUCCACAGCUUCCUUGCCCACACAUGAGGGGAAACAGGUUGGAAGGAAGGAAGGAACCAAACUGAAUGAAAAACUUGUCUUCUCAGAUAAUAUCUUUAAUGGAAAUAGUCCCUGAUGCUUGUUAUCAGCUGAUCUCUGCUACACACAGACUGGGAGGAAAUACAUAGGUGUUAAAAUUGGGAAUUUACCAACUAAAUCAAAUUAUUCUUGUGGCAUUGGGUGUUGUCCCAGCUUGGAGCAGACCUUGGAGGAGCACUAGUGAUUGAGAAGUUGGGCUGUGACCAGAACCAGCUUGAAAUAGUCUUAAAAAGGUAAAAUAAAUGUGAGGGCUUUCAUUAGCUUUGUUUUCUGGGGUGUUUCUGUUGCCUUUUGCUGUUUGGUAUGAGCCAUGCUUUUGGGGGUUUUGAGCCUCUGCUGUUACUGUUGUUCCUCCACCGAGUGCUCUGGUGUCCAGGGCCAUGUGCUUAAAUUUAUGAGACAUUUGUGGAAUUUAGUGUGGUGCUCACUGCAGUAGGGGCGCUGAGCCCUCAGGACAGUGCUCUCCUUUCCCUUCUGGGCCUCAAUCAACUUCCCAUUGGAAACAUCUGAAGCGACUCAUCAUGUUUCACCUUCCCGGCACUGUGCCAUUGACUACUCAGGUCAGUGAUAAAGUGGGUUUUCUUGUAAGUUUGUUUUUUGGGUUUUUUUUCCCUGAACAAAGUGCAAAUGUGAAGGCGAACAAGGGCUUCCAUGAUUUUGGAAAGCCAGCAGUGUUUUUGUGCAGCGAUGGGUCCCCCCUCGCCUGCCCUCAGGCAGGCGGGCACACACUUGAUCAAAAGUCUUGGUGCCUCAGGGUCGCCUACCUUCGCCCCGAUCUCAGUGAAGCUGCAGCGGCGCAAAGGGACCCAAGGCCGGUGGGAUGUGAGCCCUCGGCGGAGCGGCGGAGGCAGCGGGCGGAGGUAGCCGGCCCGGGGAGAUGCUGUAGCGGCUCCCGCUGCGCGCUCGGCUCGGCGCCGGCCGCCGGCUGCGGGGACCGGGCCCAGGGCUGCGGGACGGGCAGAGCCGGCCCAGCGCGGGCGGGCGGAGAAAGGAUGUCAGCAGCUUUUUAUUGAUGAAGAACCACUUGUUAUCACCAAUGUGCACAUGAAAUGGAAAGGGAACAGGUUCUGGAAAACAACUUCUGUUACAGCCUUGCAAGAUACUACCUGAAGUGUGUGAAGAAGUUUAAGUGACUGCUCUGCUUGAUCAAAAUGGUGGACACUGAAAACCAGCUCUAUCCCCUUACUCCCUUGGAGGAGGAGGAUAUAGACAGCCCUUUAUCUGGAGAGUUCCUACAAGAUAUGGAGAACAUUCAAGACCUCUCCCAGUCUCUAGGUGAUGAUAGUUCUGGUGCUUUAAGCUUAACAGAGUUCCAGUCACUGGGAAAUGGUCCAGGAUCUGAUGGUUCAGUCAUAACAGACACCCUUUCACCAGCAUCCAGUCCUUCAUCCAUUAAUUUUGCCACAGCUCCAGGUAGCAUAGAUGAAUCAUCCAGUGGAGCAUUAAACAUUGAAUGUAGAAUUUGUGGGGAUAAAGCCUCAGGCUACCAUUAUGGAGUACAUGCUUGUGAAGGCUGUAAGGGCUUUUUUAGAAGAACAAUUCGUUUAAAACUCGUCUAUGAUAAAUGUGAUCGCAACUGCAAAAUUCAGAAAAAAAAUCGUAAUAAGUGCCAGUACUGUCGUUUUCAAAAGUGCCUUUCAGUUGGAAUGUCACAUAAUGCAAUACGUUUUGGAAGAAUGCCAAGGUCUGAGAAGGCCAAGCUGAAAGCAGAAAUUCUAACAGGUGAAAAUUACGUAGAAGAUUCAGAAAUGGCAGAUCUUAAAUCACUUGCCAAAAGAAUUCAUGAUGCUUACCUGAAAAACUUCAAUAUGAACAAGGUUAAAGCCAGAAUCAUCCUUGCAGGGAAAACCAAUAACAAUCCGCCAUUUGUUAUCCAUGAUAUGGACACCUUAUGUAUGGCAGAGAAGACCCUGGUGGCAAAAUUGGUAGCCAAUGGGAUUCAGAACAAGGAAGCAGAAGUUCGAAUCUUCCACUGCUGCCAGUGCACGUCUGUAGAGACCGUCACCGAACUCACUGAGUUUGCCAAAUCCAUCCCUGGCUUCUCCAGCCUGGACUUGAACGAUCAAGUGACGCUAUUAAAAUACGGGGUUUAUGAAGCCAUAUUUGCCAUGUUGGCCUCUGUGAUGAACAAGGACGGGAUGCUGGUGGCCUAUGGGAAUGGUUUUAUAACCCGGGAGUUCCUGAAAAGCCUGAGAAAGCCAUUCUGUGAUAUAAUGGAGCCAAAAUUUGAUUUUGCAAUGAAAUUCAAUGCACUGGAUUUGGAUGACAGCGAUAUAUCCCUUUUUGUUGCUGCCAUCAUUUGCUGUGGAGAUCGUCCCGGUCUCGUAAAUGUAGGACACAUUGAAAAAAUGCAGGAGAGCAUUGUGCACGUACUGAAACUUCACUUGCAGACCAACCAUCCUGAUGACACCUUCCUCUUCCCAAAACUUCUCCAGAAAAUGGCUGACCUCCGACAGCUUGUCACAGAGCACGCUCAGCUCGUUCAGAUAAUCAAGAAGACUGAAUCUGAUGCACAUUUACACCCUUUACUACAGGAAAUCUACAGGGAUAUGUAUUAAGGAUUUUUAGAAUUUUUUUCACAAUAUUUAAAGACACAGAAAUACAGAUGGGAGCAAAACUACUUGCACAGUCACGUGCUGUUCACUCAGCCCAGAGCAGGAAAAAUCUAAGACUGGGGAACUGGAGUGUUACACUUCUUUUGGUUUGGGAUCUUUUGCCUUCUUUUGAAAGAGUUCUGCAAAAAAGUGCUGGUCAGAGUGCUCAAUGAAGUGUCUUACAAUGGUACUUUUAUUUGGAAAUUUGAAGAUUGGUAAGGAAUACAUAUUUGUGUAAUAAAUCAGAAUAUUAAGUAACAGAAAUGAACAAAAUUUUAUUUCCUCUUGGCUUAGUCAUUUUAGAAUUAAUAUAACAAAUUCAGCCAUCUCCCUCCAGGUGUAUGCACAAUCAGAAAGACGAUGCACUUUUGCCUUAAUGGUAAUUACUGAAACCAGCUAACAGUUUUUCCUAGUCUAGGUGUACCAAAUGGCUGGAUAUUACUGUCCAUACACUUCUUAAAGAUUGGAAAGACCUUUGAUCCACUGCUGCUUUAAUUCUAUUAGAUGAUGCACAGCUUCACAUAGUGUUACCUUGGCAUACCUUAGGAUUAGCAUGUUUAAAAGAUGGUUCUUUUAUGAAAUGAAACAAAAUCCAAAUAGUUAUCUAAAAUACUGCAGAGCUGCUCCAACGGGUGUUUCUUUGAAGAGUAAACGUGAUAAAGUGAUGGAACUCUUUUUUUCAGAAGUGUUUUAAGGAAAUGUGGAAAUGUCCCUGAGGUAAAAUGUAUCAUAUACCCUGUAUAUUUUGGAGAACUUGUUACAGCUCAAGAUGCAGUUUUGAAUUAGAAACACUCUUUUGAAUUAGCAAGAGUUUUGGAGAGAUUGAAAAAUCUGAUCCUAGCCCAGAAAAAAAGAGAAUUUCACCUCCACAGCAUUCUGCUGCAGUGAUUCCUGCUGACUGUGAAGGAAUGAUUAGAUAGAAAAAGCACCUUCUCAUACAUACAUACAAGUGUAUUAUAGUUGUUUGGACCUGUUUGCUUUUCUGAUGAAUACACUGCUUCAUUUUUUCCAAUUAUCCAUCUGGAUAUAUUACUUUCUAUUCCUUCUUAGGCCUUGUUGAUAGAAGCAUUCGCUCCGUAGUUUUGUCCUCGGGGAUAAGGUGACAAUAUUACCAAGAACAGUGUCUGUAGGUGUCGGACUGUGUGAUAAUAGGAAAGACAGCACAGCUGAGAGUAAGUCUAUCGUGUUCCUAAGAUAAACGCUGAUUUUUACAAUUGCACCUUACUCCUGAUACAAAAUAAGCCAUAAGGAAAUGUCCUCAUUUCUUUAAGGGUUCUUUCCUCAGACAGUACUGCCCAGAAGUGACAGCUGCAUGCAAGGCACUGCUAUUUCUGUUCCUUUUUGUUUCUUUGAUAUGGUAACUGCACAUUAUUAUUUCCUAAUUUUACUUUCUGUUUCAUAGCACCAAGGUCUCAGGAGUCAACCUGAGCAUUUUCACUACAGCUGAGCUUUCAGUGGCACAGGAGGACACUUUGUUUUUGUUUAACUGUACACAUUUGGAGACACCAGAGUCUUCACUGCAAGAACUGAGUGAGACUGACGAAGUGAGAACAUCACAGUGUGAUCCCUAUCUCAGUGGCAAUGCUUGUUUCUGUCCAGGCCUAUGGACACUGGAUAAAUUACAGGUUUAAAGGCAACUUGGGGUUUAUCUGGGAGAGGGUCAUGAGCAGAGGCUUUAGUGUCAGGUAUAUUUAGUGUAAAAUACUGAAGCAUAGGCCUCAAAUUUUGUGACCAUCUAGGGCAGGAUAGGAAGAGUAAAUGCAUGUGCACAAAACUUCCUCCCCUUGGCUGUUGCCAACCAGCAGCAGGAAGAACAGGCCCCAGACACUCCAUCGAGAGGCCAUUGGCCUUGCCAGGAACCCGUGGAUGGGAAAAGGGCUGCCUUUUGUGUCUCAGAGCAGCAGGCAGAGUGCCCUCAGACACACAGACAGGAUUUCAGCUAAGCUGCUGCCUCAUCCUCCCAGUCAGCCCCGUUGCACUGAGGAGCUAUGGGCUCUAGGCCUACAACAUCCUGCGUGGAAAGAAUUGAUACACAAUAUUGCUACUGCAAAAAAUUGUCAAAUAUCAGCCCUUCUGGGCUGGCAUACUGAAACUCUAGCAGCCA